UGACACAGCCAUUCAGUAUACACGUGUUUUGAUAAAAACUAAAAUCUACAAUUUUUAUAAUAAAAUUAUAAAUAUAAAUAAAAUUUUCAAUGACUUCAACAAAGAAAAAACGUGUUUCUAAAAAAACAAAAGCCUCCUGGAGAAAACAUACUGAUAUUAAAGAUGUAGAAGAUUUCCUUGAAGAGCAGCGAGCUGAAGAACGUAUCGGAACAUUUUCGGAGAAAAAAGAUGAAGAUCUCUUCCAGAUCGAUGUGUCAAGUUCGGCAAAACCGAAAAAGAAAUUUUUAACUGAAAAACAAAAGCGUAAAGCGAAUGCUUUAAAGCCUUUAAGAACUUUUGCAGCUUUGGAAAAUACUUCAAAAGUCCAAGAUCCUAUUGUUAAAAGAAAUCAUGUUAAACAAAAGAAAAAUGGUCGAAAUAUUGAACAGGAAAUCCUACAACCGAAAACCAACAAACAAAUCCAAGCGAACAAGGAUCGCUCAAAAUUCUAUGAUAAAUUAGAAAAGAAAUUAUCUAAAAACAAAGUAGACAGAGAAUUCUCGCAAGAUAUUUGGCAGGAGGAAGAUGUUCGUGAUCGAGAACCAGGUCUAAAAGAUGAUACAUGGGUCAGUAAGGAUUUGGCCUUGUACACACUCAGAAACAUCGGAAAGGGUUCUACUAAAAUUCACGAUAGCAUAAGACACAAAACAACAAAAGCAAAGAAAUUUGAACCUCCACAUCCAGGAACAAGUUAUAAUCCCUCUUUAAAAGCCCAUCAAGAUCUAAUUAACACUGUUGUUAGCAAAGAGGCAGACAUUAUAAAGGUGGAGAAGCAUCUUAAGAGAGUCACUACAGACAUGUUUUCUAAGGUAACUUUAGAAGAACGUGAACAACUACGAGUGAAGGAAUUGUCUACCGGUUCACCUGAAUUGGAAGGAGAACAACCAGAAAAUGUUGAAGAUGCGGCUGAUGAAAAACCUUACAAACCAAUUAAUUUGCCUGUGGAAAACAAGAAAAAGAGCAAACAAGCCAGACGAAAACAAAAAGAACAGAAGGUGCUGUCAAAUGAGUUGCGAAAGAAGAAAGAGUUAAAAAAACAAGCUGCCGAUAUUCAUAGAAUUAAAAAACUAAAGAUUGAAGUGGAAGAAGAAGCGGAGCAGCUUAAUCAACUGAAAAAACACCGUAAACUUGUUGAAAAGAAGAAGAAAUCAGAACCCAAACGUCUUGGACGUUUAAAGUUCAAAGAACCCGAUGUAGAUAUCGAAAUGCCCAAUGAACUGGCAGGCAAUUUACGAAAUGUCAAAGUGCAGUCUAGUCUCUUAGUGGAUCGCUUCAAGAACUUCCAAAAGCGCAACAUCUUACCAACAAGUGUAGAUGUCGGAAAGAGGAAACCAAGAAAGAUCAAGCGAUUCACACGCAAUACACACAAGGAACCAGGUGUAUCUAUAUUCAAAAACAAAAACAAAAAGUAAUCAAUUUUCGCGUUUCGUUUUAUUUUUUUUUUUAUGGAUUUUAUUUUAUUUUUACGAAAUAAUGAAUAAAAAUAUUUACUAUAAGA